AUGGGCUCCGGCUCCUCCAGCUACCGGCCCAAGGCCAUCUACUUGGACAUCGAUGGCCGCAUCCAGAAGGUGGUCUUCAGCAAGUACUGUAACUCCAGUGACAUCAUGGAUCUGUUCUGCAUCGCCACCGGCCUGCCUCGGAACACAACCAUCUCCCUCCUGACCACAGAUGACGCCAUGGUCUCCAUUGACCCCACCAUGCCCACAAACUCAGAACGCACUCCGUACAAAGUGAGACCAGUGGCAAUCAAGCAACUGUCUGAGAGAGAAGAAUUAAUCCAGAGCAUGCUGACUCAGGUCGCAGAGCAGUUCUCAAGAGCAUUUAAAAUCAACGAGCUGAAAGCUGAAGUCGCAAAUCACCUGGCCGUGCUAGAGAAACGAGUUGAAUUGGAAGGUCUGAAGGUGGUGGAGAUUGAGAAAUGCAAAAGUGACAUUAAGAAGAUGAGGGAGGAGCUGGCAGCCAGAAGCAACAGGACCAGCUGUCCCUGUAAAUACAGUUUCCUGGAUAACAGCAAGAGGUUGACGACGCAACGCGAUGUCCCACCUUAUCCCAAGUACCUGCUCUCUCCGGAGACCAUCGAUGCUCUACGGAAGCCGACCUUUGAUGUCUGGCUUUGGGAGCCCAAUGAGAUGCUGAGCUGCUUAGAGCACAUGUACCAUGACCUCGGUCUGGUCAGAGACUUCAACAUCAACCCCAUCACUCUGAAGAGGUGGUUGCUCUGCGUGCAUGACAACUACAGGAACAACCCUUUCCAUAACUUCCGGCACUGCUUCUGCGUGACCCAGAUGAUGUACAGCAUGGUCUGGCUCUGUGGUCUCCAGGAGAAGUUUUCCCAAAUGGACAUCUUGAUCCUGAUGACUGCAGCCAUCUGCCAUGAUUUGGAUCAUCCAGGAUACAACAACACGUACCAGAUCAAUGCACGCACAGAGCUGGCUGUCCGCUACAAUGACAUCUCACCCCUAGAGAACCACCACUGUGCCGUGGCAUUCCAGAUCCUCGCCCAGCCUGAGUGCAACAUCUUCUCCAACGUGCAGCCAGAGGGGUUCAAGCAGAUCAGACAGGGGAUAAUUACACUGAUCUUGGCCACUGACAUGGCAAGGCAUGCAGAAAUCAUGGAUUCUUUCAAAGAAAAAAUGGAGAAUUUUGACUACAGCAACGAGGAGCAUAUGACCCUGCUGAAGAUGAUUCUGAUCAAGUGCUGUGAUAUCUCUAAUGAGGUCCGUCCAAUGGAAGUUGCCGAACCCUGGGUGGACUGUUUAUUAGAAGAGUAUUUUACUCAGAGUGACCGUGAAAAGUCAGAAGGCCUUCCUGUGGCCCCGUUUAUGGACCGAGACAAAGUGACCAAAGCUACAGCCCAGAUUGGGUUCAUCAAGUUUGUUCUUAUCCCAAUGUUUGAAACUGUGACCAAGCUCUUCCCUGUGGUUGAAGAAAUAAUGCUCCAGCCCCUUUGGGAAUCCAGAGAUCAUUACGAGGAACUGAAGCAAACCGAAGACGCCAUGAGAGAGCUGCAGAAGCAGACUGAGAACCUGACACCUGGGAGCUCCGGAAAAUCGAGAGAAAAAAGCAAAGAUGUGAAAAAAAACUGAAGCAGACUUGGCCUGGAGGAAGCUGCGGAGUCACAGAAUCUUCUCUGGGACCGGGCGGACGGAGCUCCCUGGGACUCCCCAUGCGCAGAAACGUCCGUUCGCAACAUCUGAAAACCACAAAAUCACGUUUUCUAAGAGCCGUUUUCCUCACUGACACACAC